CGCCCUGAGCGUGGGACUCGCCGCCCUCCGGGUCAGGCGCCAAGCUUAGGGGCGGCUAGGGCGCGGGCCUCGGCGCGUCCCUCGGAUCGGCGCCAUCCGGUGCGUCCCCAUUCCGGGCCCGAUCCCAGGUGAUCUGUCGCUGGGUCCGAACGCCAACUUCGCCAAGAACGUCCCCAACUCCAGGCCACCCUGCGGGGAGAGGGGGCGCUGCCGCCUGGCACCAACCCGGAGGACGCCCGGCUGGCUGCAGGGGAAGAAGCCAGCAUCCGUGGGGUCGCUCGGGCGCCCCUAAGUGGGCGGUGGCGGCAGCAGACCUCCCUCCCGGAGUCCGGGACCUGCGGGCGCUGGGGAUUCCUCCCGGGCAGGCGCUCGCCCUCUUUUAUGGAGCUUGGGCCCCUGCCACAGCCCGGCAGAGGCUGUGGGCGUCUACCACCCGGAAGCCUGGUUCCAAGUGCCGGGGUCUAUCCCGGGCUGGUGGCGGUGGAGGCCCCGGCGAGGUAGCGGCGGCGGCGGCGGCGGCGGCGUGCUGUGACCCCUCCCCACAGUGAGCCAUGGGUCAGAAGCUCUCCGGGAGCCUCAAGUCCGUGGAGGUUCGAGAACCUGCGCUGCGGCCAGCCAAGCGGGAGCUGCGGGGCGUGGAGCCGGGAAGGCCCGCUCGCCUGGACCAGCUGCUGGACAUGCCCGCGGCGGGGCUGGCCGUGCAGCUGCGACACGCGUGGAACCCCGAGGACCGCUCCCUCAACGUCUUCGUCAAGGACGACGAUCGGCUCACCUUCCACCGGCACCCCGUGGCGCAGAGCACCGACGGCAUCCGCGGCAAGGUGGGCCACGCGCGAGGUCUGCAUGCCUGGCAGAUCCACUGGCCGGCCCGGCAGCGGGGCACCCACGCAGUGGUGGGCGUGGCCACAGCCCGUGCCCCCCUGCACUCGGUGGGCUACACUGCACUGGUGGGCAGCGACGCCGAGUCUUGGGGCUGGGACCUGGGCCGCAGCCGCCUCUACCACGACGGCAAGAAUCGGCCUGGAGUGGCCUACCCGGCCUUCCUGGGGCCCGAGGAGGCCUUUGCACUGCCCGACUCGCUGCUGGUGGUGCUGGACAUGGACGAAGGCACACUCAGCUUCAUCGUGGAUGGCCAGUACCUGGGCGUGGCCUUCCGAGGCCUCAAGGGCAAGAAACUAUACCCGGUGGUGAGUGCCGUGUGGGGCCACUGCGAAGUCACCAUGCGCUACAUCAAUGGCCUUGACCCCGAGCCCCUGCCGCUGAUGGACCUGUGCCGGAGAUCCAUCCGUUCAGCCCUGGGACGCCAGCGCCUGCAGGACAUCAGCUCCCUGCCUCUGCCUCAGUCUCUCAAGAACUAUUUGCAGUACCAGUGAGCAGCACCAACAGGCAGCAGACAGCCUGCAGGACCGGGCCUAUCAUCACUCGAGGUCGCCCACGGUCAUACAGCAUGUCCAAGGCUCCCUGGACUUUCAGCCUCAGAGCAUCAGGACGUGCAUGUCGCCAAACUUGGCAAGGGAGUGACUGUUGCCACCAGUAUUGACUGUCCAGGAAGCACCACCCAGGCCCAAACCCCUGCGGCCACGAAGUUGUCCCGAGCAUAGAGCGUGCUUUCUUGUUCACGCGAAUGAAUGAAACGUUCAGGCAGGAGACUGUUGAGUGCCCCGCCGCAGACAGGCGUGGGGGGAAAAAAUCGCUUCUGAAUAAUGAAUGACAGGAGCAGCUCCUCACUGGUCCCUUCUCUGCGUGCUCAUGCCAGGGCAGCGGGAUUGUCCCUACAGUUUAGGACUUGGUGCCACUUGAGAGACAGUCAUCCAGGGAUGCCCCAGUCAGAGCUGGCCGUGACCCCAGCACACUCAGUACCUGGGCGCACCUCUCUGAGCGGGCUUCCUAGCCCGUUCCCUGCCCUUCUUCAGCCGGAGACAUUGUUCUCUGACUGUCCCCACCCCUCUAUUCAGGGACUUGAGUCUGAUGACUCACCCCAGGGACAGAGCUUAUUCUUGGGUAUGAUCAUUUUAAGUGACAUUGGCAUUUUAAAAGCCAAGUGUGGUAAGGACAGCAUUCGUCCAAGGCCAAAGGUGCUAAGGGGUGGGGGUGGGGGGGGACGAAGGCCUUGUGACACAGAGUCUGAGACACCCUGGGGCUGGGGCACCCUCCUAGUGUGCCCGGGGCUCUGGCAGCCAUCCAUUCUGGUCGUCACAAAGCUUUCUUUGAGCAAAUUAUUUUUGUUUUCACUUUAGGAGACUCCCAUGAGUUUGUUUUUUGUUUCAAAUGUGUGUGUGUGUGUGUGUGUGUGAUGUGUUGUUUAUUUAUCAGCUGAGGGCCCUGGGGUGGCCUUGUGACUGGAAGGGUGGAGGCAAGAGAUACAUUUGCUGCCUGCCCCAAGAUUGGUCCCCCCUUGGAAUGCUGCUGCCGUCGCCGCCACCGCCACCGCCAGCGCCAGCGCCACCAUUUGGCAUCUCUUGUGUGUUCUGGAUGCUCUCCUGCUAGACUCCUUUUUAACUGGAAAUCACCACAGCUGGGUUACCAGAGCCAGAUGGCCUGGUCCCUCCACCCCACUUUAAUGUGAAUGUGACCAACGAGUAAGGAGCGUUUCUAAUAAAGUUUGUCAUUCAGUCCUUGA